GGAAACUAACAUGUGGUUUUCUCAAGCUACAAGAAGACAACUGUUCAAACUCGAUUUAACCUUCAAGAUGUUUGACAUGCACAAGAGCAUAGCUUGGUUCGCCUUAUGCAAUUUAUGUGCAUCUUUAAACGACCAGUCCCAUUGCCAGGAUUCCUGUGACACUGUGAUGAUCAGUGCCUCCCUGCGGUCCUCUAUCCUCCUACCCUGCCAUGCUCCCUUCCUCGGUAGAACUGACUGGAUGCUGUGGGUCCAAAACACUGGAGCACCUCUUGUUAAUCUGUCGUCUCAAGGGAAGGUUUGGUUCUUGGAGCCCAGGGAAGGUCGGGUGAAAACCUUCCCCAAUGAGGGCUCCAGGGGGAACUACACCAUCCGGAUCGACGGCCUUCAAGAGUCGGACCUGGGAUGCUACCAGUGUGGACCAGCUGAUGCAUGUCACCAAGUGGUAGUUCAAAAAGAGGAAGUUGAUCUGUGGCUUCCUCUGUGCAUCACCGCUGGCGUGACCACAGUCAUCCUGUUUGUAUGUUUCUGCUGUUCAUUCUCAAGUGAGUUAUUCCAUUUCACACUACGUAAGACAACAUAUCAUUUAAAAACGGUUGACUUAAUCGAUUGGUCCAUGUUUUAAGCAGAGGGCUGUUGGAUCAUUUAGGUCAUUUAUUGGCACAGUCAUUGAUUAUUUACUAUGAAACAAAAUCUGUAGGCCGUCAUUUGUGACUCUAACAACAAUUGUAGAAUUGUACUUAUUAAAUGGGAAAUAGGAGCAAAUUGAAAAUAGAUAAUGGACGUGCAUGAACAAUGUAAAUAAUAAAGAUCUAUUUAAUGCAAUUAAGGACAUAUUCUUACUUCUGUGACAGGGUGUAAAGGGUGUUCCCUGUCACAGAGAGGGACCCGUAAGAGACAAGGUAUGAGGUCGGGCUAAGCAUGCACUCAAUGCAAUAUAAUCAAAGGACUUAUGUAAACCCACAAACAGAACUACGUUUCAGAUACUGCCAUUCUACAUUGUAAAAAUGUCAUCUAUCAUCAAGUUGAGGGUUAGGGUUAGGUUGAGUUCAUGCUGACUUUAUUUAGGUUCUUGCUGGUAGUCCAACAGUAUUCAUCCAUUGCUGUUGGAUUUGGGGUUUUAUUUUUAUUUUUGUUCCUAAGAAAACGAUGAGCAGGACCCUGCAGACAUUGGUCUAUCUGAGGACGAGCGCCUGGCCAGAAAUCAGGAUCAAGGUCCCCCAGAAACCAUCAAUGAUUAUGAGGAACCGAGUGAAAGUGUCGCCCCAUGUAGGCCAGUCAGGGGACACCCGCAGCUCGAACGUACCAGGAGUACCGAGAGAAAUCAUGCCCUGCUAAACCGAGAAAUAUUCAGCAGACUACGACAAGCAAGUCGUCAUUUUUACGUAAAUCAAGAUGAUAUAAUCCAGCAAAGGAUUUCCGCUCAAAAAGAAAGAAGACCCAGAGCAGGUCUUCGGGGAAAGAAAGCUAAACAGAGAUAUGAAAACCCAAUUUACAACAGCAGCCCCAGCCAAGUCAAUCAUCUUUAGAAAAAACUAAUUUCAAUGUCUGCUAUUAUUGGCUUUUUUAUUUUGAAUUGAAAAUGAUGAAUAAUUAAUGACAUUCGUUUUAUGUUAUUAUUAAUUGUAAGUAUUUGAUAUUUAUUUAUGUCUCUUGAUUCUUAUAAAGUUUGAAACUCUCCUUUCAUUGUCCAGGAAUGUGAUUGUAUUGCGUGAUCCCAUGGUGCAUUUUUUUCCACCAGGCCCCUACCCGACUGAGCUCAUUUCUAAACAUAAUUAUAAUCAACAUAAUACCUAAACUCAAACUUCCCAGACAUGUAUUUUAAUUUCAUUACUUUUAUGUUAUACCUUUGAUUGAAUUUGUCUUUGUCAAAUUGAUCAAUAAAGGACAAAAGAGAAUACCAUCCUGUGUUGGCUUUAGGAUAAUUAGAGUAAAUGAGAAACAUCUGGUGGUUUAGACCAAUCUGCUGACCUAAUUUAACAUUAUGACCUGUACUCACAAUAAUAUUCAGUGCAGAUUAAUCCAAUUCUCCCUGUUGUAUUUACUUUAUAUAUGCAAAGUAUGUUGUUCCUCAAAACCAUUCCAAAUGGGGGAUUAUUCUGGAAAAAACAACACUUUACUUUGCCAGAAAGACUUCAUGUCUUUUUUUAUAUCAAAACAGCAGGUCGAAAAUCUCCCCUUUGCAAUUCAUGUUCAAGAUGAACAAGGCAGGAGUUAUGAAGCCAUGGCCAUUGCUCAUCAAUGCCACUACUUAUUCCAAGAAACGGAUAACUUUGUCAUCCUUACGGUUUCUUACCAUGGCUGUUUUGUGACAAGACAAAAACAUUUCAGAACUUUGAAUGUUCUCAUUAUACAAUUUGCAAACAAUGGCAGGAUUCAUAUAGGGAGGCCAACCCUUGUGAGAUGCAUUACUGAACAGAAAGAGGAAAUAACAGAACACAAAGCGCUUCCAAAGUCCCCACAAUUAACCAAGCCCUGUGACAAAAAUGGAUUCAACAUCGUUAUUCACAAGAAUGCCACAGUGAUCCCUUUGAAUCUGGACACCAUCCGGAUCCCCUCGAACCGGAGCGUUAAGUGUAAACCCAAAACUAGAUCCAUCAACUCUGUCACUUUCAGCUUUCCCUUCACUGAAUGCGGUACCCAGUCUGUGGAGAUGAACAACAGCAUUAUCUAUUGGAUCAACAUUGGUGCAAGAAGAGUCCUUCACCGCUCUACAAUAAGAACAGUUCCCUUUCGACAGACGGUGAUGUGCAGCUUUGCCUUGCCGAGCAUGUCUCUGCUGGACGUGACGAUCUUGGACCAGAAGCCAGAGCAUCAUUCAGCACUCAAGAGUGAUGGAACCAUCACGGCAGAGCUGAGGUUUGCUAAAGAUUCUUCCUACAGGUCCUUCAUCACGUCACGCAGCCCACCAAAAGCCAUUCAACUGGGACAGCCUGUUUACGUUGAGGUGCAUCUUCUCAAAUGUGAGGACGGAGCGCUGGAGCUGCUGCUUGAGGACUGCUGGGCCACGCCCACUCACGACCCGGACCACACCCUGAGAUGGAACCUGCUCGUUAAGCGGUGUCCUUUUGGCGGGUAUAGCCAUGAAGGGACUCUUUUGUUGCCGGUUAAGUCGAGCAAGGAGGUGAGGUAUCCAUCACUUCGAAAGCGCUUUGUCACCAAGCUCUUCUCGUUUGUGAAUGUGCCCCCAGGGUGGAAAAGACUGGUGUAUUUCCACUGCAAUAUAGAGAUAUGCAAAGGACAAGAUUGCACACAAUGUGACAAUAAAAGAGUACUACAAACAAGACAGGCAAGAAGUCAGAGAAUCCUGCCUGAUAUAGUCUCGGCUGGACCCCUUAUCCUUCUACUAAAUAAAUGACCUGCUGUGUGUUCAACAUGGACCUAUCAAAGAAGGUUUACAACUGUUCACCUGAUCAAUAAACAUGGAAGGCUGCUGACGGAAACGAUGUGUCACGUGUUCAUGUUUCAGCCAAUACCAGCGCGAUGUCAAAUGUUUUGCGGAAGUUACUUUUCAAGUAGGCAUUUUCGAAACGAAAACCAAGGUAGGCUUUUUUGGAGCCAAGUUAAAAUAAUGCCUUAAUGUUUACCAUCACGUGAUAAGUUAGACAAUUCUAUAUUAUUUGUUACUUUUAUUUUGGCGAAAAGAGGAAACCUUUUAUACACUUUCGCAUCAUGUCAAAGCCAAAUAAGCAUGAAAGUAAGCAUGAAAGUAAGCGUGGAAGUAAGCGUGAAAGUAAAGGUUGUGUUGAAGCGCAGUGCCUGCCCAUCCUUCAACACAAAGCCACACUUACAAAGCUGGUGAAGGACAACGUGUUCCUUGUUGUGACUGGUGAAACCGGCAGCGGGAAAACCACACAACUUCCUCAGUAUUUGUAUGAAGCAGGUCUAUGGAAGGGGGGUAUGAUAGGGAUCACCCAGCCGCGGCGGGUGGCGGCUAUCACAGUCGCUCAGAGGGUCUCUCAAGAGAUGCACUUCACCUUGGGCAAAGAAGUGGGCUAUCAAGUGCGCUUUGAUGACUGUACAUCCCAGGCUACGGUGGUGAAGUACAUGACAGACGGCUGCUUGUUAAGAGAGAUCCUGGCAGAUCCUGGCCUUUCCCAAUACAGUGUUGUGAUUUUGGACGAGGCCCACGAGCGAAGUCUCAACACUGACAUUCUUUUAGGUUUGUUAAAGAAAACCCUCCUUCAGGCUGAUAAAGGCUCCAAGGACGGCUCAGUCCGGCUGCGCGUUGUGGUGAUGUCUGCCACGUUGGAGACGGAUAAGCUCUCCACCUUCCUCGGCCACUGCCCCGUGUUCACCAUCCCUGGAAGGACCUUCCCUGUGACCAGCCGGUUUGGUAACGCCAUAGGCCCCAAAGAAGUCGACAGCUCCAGAUACGUGAACGAGGUGGUGAGAGUAGCCCUCGAUGUGCACGUCAGUGAGGUGGCAGGGGACAUUCUGGUUUUCUUGACGGGUCAAUCCGAAAUUGAAAAGGCCUGCGACAUGUUGUAUGAGAAGGCAGAAAGUAUAGACUACCGUUAUGAUGUUCAGGACCAAACAGUGGAGGGACUUCUGAUCCUGCCUCUAUAUGGAUCCAUGCCCACUGAUCAACAAAGGCAGAUCUUUCAAGCGCCCCCUUCUGGAAUAAGGAAGUGUGUGGUGGCCACCAACAUCGCAGCAACAUCUCUAACUAUCAAUGGAAUAAAGUACAUUGUUGACAGUGGGUUUGUGAAACAGCUCAACCAUAACUCGAGGGUAGGCAUGGACAUACUGGAGGUGGUGCCUAUUUCCAAGAGUGAGGCCCAACAGAGAGCGGGCCGCGCUGGAAGAACUUCGGCUGGGAAGUGCUUCCGCAUCUACAGCAAUGAAUUCUGGGAGAAGUGCAUGCUUGACUACACGGUGCCAGAGAUCCAGAGGGCGAGCCUCACCAGCGUCGUCCUCACGCUGAAGUGCCUCGGGGUUCACGACGUUAUCAGGUUCCCUUACCUGGAUCGUCCAGAAGAGCGGUUGCUAUUGGAAGCCCUCAAGCAGCUCUACCAGUUUGAUGCUAUUGACAGGAGAGGCCAGGUGACCCAGCUGGGUAGACUGAUAAUGGAGUUCCCCCUGCAUCCGGGCCUAACCAGGGCUCUGCUGAAGGCUGCAUCCUAUGGAUGUGAAGACAUUCUCCUCCCCUUGGCCGCCAUGCUUUCGGUGGAGAACGUCUUCAUCAGACCAGGGCAUCCAGAGAAGCAAAAGGAAGCAGAUAAGAAGCAAAGAAAUCUGGCUGCCCAGUCGGGCGGUAUGAAUGACUUUGCCACCCUACUGAGUGUGUUUCAGUGGUGUAAAGCCAGCGAUUCUCCGUCAGCAUGGUGUAAAGAGAACUGGAUCCACUGGAGGGCGCUAAAGUCAGCUUUCAGCAUAGAGACUCAGCUGCGGGAAAUUCUGCUCCGGCUACAACAGAAGAAAGAUUUCCCUGUGGAAACGUUUACUGGCAACAAAAGUGAACUGUUCAGAAGAUGCCUCUGCACUGGAUACUUCACCAAUGUUGCUAGGAGGUCUAUUGGAAAGUUAUUUUCCACAAUGGAUGGUCAUGGAACCGCAGUUCAUGUUCAUCCGUCAUCUUCGUUAUUUGACCAGGAGGCGGAGCUGGACUGGGUCAUCUUUCAUGACAUGAUGGUCACCUCACGGGUGUACCUCAGGACAGUGUGUCCGAUCCGCUACGAUUGGGUGAAGGACCUGCUGCCUAAGCUUCAUGAGGUUGAUGCCUAUGAACUGAGCAACAUAGCAAGGGAAGAGGUCAAUGAGGAGGAGCUGGCCAAAUUGGAAUCGAAGGAGGCAAAGAGACAAAAAGAGGGAUUGGAUGAAGACACGGCAAAGAAAUUGGAGAAGCGAAACGACGAGACAUCAGUCGGAGACGCCCGCGCUCGCUACCUGCAGAGAAAGUUAGAACGACAACAUAAAGUGUGACGUAACAACACGCAGUCAACACCAAGGAUGCCCUUCAACACCAGGGUGGAAGUCCCAGUGCCGCAGAGAAGAUGAAUGAAUCAUAAAUGAUGAUCCAUUCACGCUCAAAACAGGAGCUUUUUAAGAUAGGUUUUACAGUGUAUAAUAAAACGUACAAACUUUUUUAAAAAGAA